AUGGUCACUGUUCAAACUCACUUUAAUCGACAAUGGGAUUGGAAUCACCAAAAUAAAAUAGUAUCAAAUGAAUAUGAAAAAGGUAUUUCGAGACAAUAUCAUGCUAUAGAAGAAAAUGAAAUAAAAUCGCUUGUAAGCAAUCGAAUAAAAGAACAUUUAGGCACAAAAAAAUAUGAUGCGAAUCUUGGAAUCGAUUUGAGUCAAGCCAUUGCUAGAGAAAUACGUGAGGAGUUAAAAAUGAAAUAUAAAAAUCAUAAAUAUAUUAUACAAGCAGUCGUUGGUGAAUUGAAUAACAUGUGA